UCGCUAUCGUGCUGCUGAAUCUUUGUAGCGGAGCAGCUUGUGAACCGGCCGCUGACACAAAUGUGUUUUUAGAUAGUUUGUCGAGUUUGUUCGGAGCUGACAGCGGAGAGUCUGAAACACAUGAACCCACCGGAGAGUUCACCGACUGUUAACCGGAAGAAGAAGAGGACAGCGGGCAGCUAACGGAGCUCACCGAGGCCACAGGGGGCAGGAUGGCGUCACCCUUCAAAAUCCCCAAGAAGAAACAGCCAGAUGGUGCUGACUCCGCCCCCCUGUACGCGUCACCACUGUCCUGCCUGCAGAGCUCCGCCCCCGACAAUAAGGGUUACCAGGAUCAGUCCAGCAGCGGCAGAGCUGACAGGGUGCAUGCUGGGAACACACAGAGCGCGUCCUGUGAGCCGGUCUUCAAAGACGUGGUCAAAACGCUGCUGAGACUCAACUGCUCGACCAGAGGAGCGUCAGCAGCCAAUCACAAGGGAGCGUCAGCAUCCAAUCGCAGAGCAGGCUGGAGCGACCAGUCAGAGCCUGGGCAGAGAGCGGGGUCGUCUGCGGCGUGUUUCUCUAACGGAUGGCGCCCUAAGAGAGCGUCAGACCGACUGCUGCAGCCUGCUGUGACCUCAGAGCCUCCGUCUCCACCACAGAAGAAGAAAAGUGACCUCAGUGGCUGGCAGAAUAAAAGCAUCUCUGUGAAGUCACUGGACUCUCUGGCAGAGCUGCGAGGCGAGGAGCAUGCUGGGAGUUUGAGUUCUUCAAAGCUUGGAGAGCAGAGGACGUGGAGGCGAGUGGAGUCCGACAGACGGGUCGCUGCUGAGCGAAAAGUGAAGAGCGACACACGAAGAUCUCCUGAAUCUUUAAAGCAACAGAGGAAGAUCUUGCCAGUCUCUGGUUCAGACCGGACGUCAGAAGACGACUUCCUGUCUCCGUCCAGAACCACAAACAAACCCUCUGUGACGUCACUGAGGACGUCAACCGACAGGAGGCGGAGUCUGGACAGGAAAGCAUGUCUCGCCACCAGAAGCAGCCUGACGGACGACCUGAGCGAGAAGGGCAGGGAGAGGUGGAGGGAGUUCAGAGAGAAGAAGAAGACGUACAGGUCGGCUGUCCUGCAUCUUCGACUGAAGAAACCCAAACAGACUCCGACAGAACCCAUUGUGCUGUCGAGUGAAGAGGAAGAGGAGGGUGAUGAUGAAGGAGACGGAGGAAAGAGGAUGCCACAAAGCCUGAUGAAGGAGUCCGGUCCUGGAAGCUCGGAGCAGAAGCAGGCUCAACAGGCUCGUUCCUCCAAAGCUGAAAGAAACGGGCAAAACCUGCCGCCGCCGCUGCCAUCCUUCCUGCAGCUGGACUUCACCUCGCUUCACGCCGGCCUGACGCACAGCGACGCCAACGGGAAGCUGAUGCUCAGUGAGAGCGGCGUCACGAUUCCUCUGAAAGGAGCCGAGGAGGGGGAGGUCACCGUGGUGGCGUCUCAGGUUCGGGGUUACGGUGUCUGGGACGGGGGUGUGGCUCGGGGCGGGACUCUACUGGCUGGCUGGAAAGGUCCCGCCCCCUCCCUGCUCUUCCUGUGGGUGACUGAUGCUCAGGCCAACCUCCUGCAGAGGGAGCUGUCAGCCAUCCAGACGUCCACCGCCGCUGUGUCAGGCUCGGCAUGCUCUGUCCUCCUGCUGGUGUUGAAGGAGCAGCUGCAGGAGCUCCAGGCCGCCCUGCUGGCCUCCAUCCUGGACAUGGAGGAGUACAAGAAGGGCUUCUCCUCCUCCGCCGGCGGGCCCACCUCCCCUCUGGAGUGGACUGAUGGGCUGCUGCUCCUCCACAGCUGUCCUCCUCCUCUGGAUCAGCACCUUCUCAGACUGCUGGGGCACUCUGCGGUGCGAAGCAGCCCGAGGAAGAAGAACUCGUCCGGUCAGCCGCAGCUCCUUCCCACCAGGUUGAUCCAGUACCCGCCGCCGCCCUCUAAAGGACGCAUCACCGUCACCAAGGAGGACUUGGCCUGUCUGAACGGCGGCGAGUUCCUUAACGAUGUCAUCAUCGACUUCUACCUCAAAUACCUCCUCCUGGAGGGAGUCGGAGGCUCGGUGGCCGACAGGAGUCACGUCUUCAGCAGCUUCUUUUACAAACAGCUGAGCAGACGGAGAGCGGCCGGAGAGGACGACGCCCCCUCCGUCCCUGAUCGUCACAUGAGGCAUCAGAGGGUAAAGACGUGGACCCGCCAAGUCGACAUUUUCACCAAAGACUUCCUGUUUGUGCCUGUCAACCAAGAAGCUCACUGGUUCCUGGUGGUGGUUUGUUUUCCAGGUCUGGAGGAGGUUCAGUACGAGGAGUUUCAGAGACCGACAGGUGCUUCAGAGCGAGCUGCAGGAAAACCUUCAUCCUUCAGUCUGAGAUCACAACAGCCUCCGGAGUGUACACAGCAGAGCUGGCAGAGGGACACUGUGUUAAAGAGGCCGUGCAUCCUUGUCAUGGACUCCCUGAAGCUGUCGUACCACGAGAACGUCUGCAGACUCCUCAGAGACUACCUGCAGGUGGAGUGGGAGGUCCGGAGGGGGACGCCUCGUCUCUUCGGGUCGGACAACAUGAGGAGCUCCAACUGCAGAGUCCCUCAGCAGGACAACAGCAGCGACUGUGGACUGUACCUGCUUCAGUACACAGAGAGCUUCCUGCAGAACCCCGUGGUGCACUUUGACCUCCCGUUACGGCUGGAAAACUGGUUUCCGCGGCAACGGGUGCGGCAGAAGCGCGAGGAGAUCCGAGCUCUGAUAAUGAGGAUGCACCAGAGUCAGAACGGAGAGCACUGAAACCACAAGGACCAAAAACCUCCUCGUCACCGAGCCGUUAAUUCACCUGUGCAAUAAAUUAUUUAUAUUUUUUCUAUGUUGGAUCUUUUACCUCCAUGUAAAAAAUUUUAAUAAAAUUAUUUCAAAAUUU